AUGCAGAUGAUGUGGAGAUUAAUACAAGCUGUUGCACUGCUCUCCAUCGGAGUAUCUUCUCAGGCUAGUUAUUACAUAGACCCAGCAAGCGUGCCAUCAUCUCUGAGAGGUUCAUGGUGCUCUACUCAGACUACCUCCUGUCCUCUGCUUUGUCUCCAGUUGCCUGGACAAUCGAGCACCACUUUAUCGAAUACUUGUGAUCCUAAAAGCUUGACCUUUAACUGUGUCUGUGAGAGUGGACAGUCCCCUAAUUCCAGCGAAUACUCACAAACGUUGCCAUUCUUUAUGUGUCAGGAAUUCGGAAACCAGUGUGUCGCUGGAUGUGGUGGUAACCCAGAGUGUCAAAGUAAAUGUCGCGAAAACCACCCUUGUGGUGCCCAAAAUCCCACGCGCGUGAACACAACCAGUACAGCAAUUGAACCCUCCAAGACAGAUACCUCUACUUCUGGCGUUGCCUUUACAGGUCUUGGUGGAUCCUCCGCCACCGAUAGUUCUGACUCCAGUAAGAGUGGUUCUCUAGCUGCGUUGGAUCUGGGACGUAGCUACGGCUUGGCAAUAGUUUUUGCUGGUGUAUUUGCAGGUUUUGCCGUGAUGAUGUAG